AUGGCUGAUUUCUGGACCGAAGAAGUCAUCGCAGACCAGAAGAGAGAUCUUCCCAUUCUCGCCACCAAGGAGAACACCGCCGGCGGAACCUACAUCGUGACAGGUGCCAACUCCGGACUCGGCCUUGAAGCUGCUAAGCAUUAUGUCGCUCUAGGUGCUGCAAAGGUCAUCCUGGCCGUCAGAAAUCUGGCUUCCGGUGAGAAGGCUAAGGCCGAAAUCGAGGCUGCUACCUCGACCUCUGGAAUUGCCGAGGUCUGGCAUCUGGAUCUGUCGAGCUACGACUCUGUCAAGGCCUUUGCAUCCAAGGCUACCGACGAACUCGAGAGGAUUGAUGCCGUAAUUGAGAAUGCGGGAGUUGCUCUAGAUCAAUUUGUUCUGGCAGAGGGACACGAGAGCAGCGUGACAAUCAACGUCUACAGCACCUUUUUGCUGGGAAUUCUGCUUCUCCCCAAGCUAAGAGAGAGCGCUGCCAAGUUUGGAACUCUCCCCCAUCUAGUCAUUGUGAGCAGUGGUGGAGCCGUGCGGGCCAAGCCGGUUUUCAUGAGCCUCAAGGAUGACCUGUUCACAAAGAUGGAUGACGAGAAGAACGGGAUGAUGGGCAGGCAACUGAUCGAGAUCUAUGCCGGUCGCUACCUUGCUAGUCUGGCUCCCGUGGAGCGUACUGGCGUCGUCAUCAACUACCUCGAUCCUGGCUUGUGCUACACCAAUCUAACCUCCCACGUAGACCCAAAGCUACGCGACGUAAUUGAGAAUGAACGCAACAACUAUUUCGGAAGAACCCCUGAGAUGGGAAGCCGCACCCUUAUUGCGGCAGCGGUUCAAGGAAAGGAGAGUCACGGUCGCCUAUCUGGAUCUUGCCUCAUCCAAGACCACCGUGUCCCUGAGUAUAUCACAGAUAGCGAAGGUCAAGUUGAGCAGAAGAAGAUCUGGGAGGGCAUUGCUGCGGAACUAAACCGAGUCGUUCCCGGGUGCGUUGACAAGGCGCUGGCAUAG